GUGUGUGUAGGCGGAAUGAUCGAGCUUCGGGACUACAGGGUGGGCGGGGAGGGUGUGAAGCCCGCCAAAGAAUGCAAGACGCGGCCCGCCACCACGAGUCCUCCAGGAAGUCGCUUCGCUGAAAUCUCCAUUGCAGGCAUGUCCCGCGCGUGUGUGUCGUCGUGUCCCCGGGCGCAGCGCGGCGUGUGGACCCUGGCGCUGCUCACCUGCACCGCCCUGAUGACGGCGCAGGUGUGGGACCGACUCACCUAUUACCUGUCCACCCCCGUGACGGUCAACGUGCGCGUGACGAGGAACCAGACGCUCAGGUUUCCAAUCGUCUCCUUCUGCAACAAAAACCGCUUCAACAUGACGGCGGUGCGGCAAAUGCAGGAGGAGCGAGCAGAGCGCCUUGGGGAGACCAAUUCCUCGGAGGUGGCGACGUGGGACAUACCUGACCUCCUGGACGAUGAGGACAUGGACGCCGCCAAGGUCUGGACCCGCACCUCCCAUGGCCUGGAUCGCAUGGUGAAGGAGUGCUGGUUCACGCGGGGCAAGCGGUGUGAGGAGGUGGGUUCCUGGUCCACCAUACACACGGUACUCGGCAUAUGUUACCAGUACAGAGUCAACGACCCUGUGGAGACGUCGGGCAUCUUCAACAACAUGUAUUUGCUGCUCCACGACAAAGAGCCGCAGCAGUACAACGGCGACAACGGUUUCAAGAUACUGAUCCACGACCCGCGCGACGACCCCGUGAUAGACCUGAGGACCCACGGCACGACCAUCAACGAGGGCUGGGGCAAAGACGUGAGGGUGGCCGUCAGGGAGUUCAAGACCAUCUCGAGGCACCGAUGGCCAUGCGUGUCCAAUACAAGUUACUCGUCCUCACAAUGCAUCUCCCGCUGCUUCCUGACCGCCCUCCACGCCCACACCCAGUGCCUGAUGCCCUACAUGCACGACAUCGACGGGCGGCAAUGCAACACCUCAGAGGAAUACCGAAACAGCACAGACAUGGAGACCCGGCUUCUAUUCUUCGGGGGGUGGAAACACAGCCAAUGCGAGUGUUUGAAGCAGUGCAACGAGGAUAUCUACUCCAUCUACACCGAGGCGGCCAAGACCAACAAGGAUUCGGCCAAACUGAGAGUCUUCUUCCAGGACCUGACGUUCGACGAGGUAUCGGAGGAGAUCGCGUACGGGACGAUAGCGCUCCUGUGUGACAUCGGGGGUACCUUGGGCCUCUUGUUGGGCGCGUCCGUGCUCACGUUUAUGGAGUUCCUGGAGGUGGUCAUUGUGAAGGUGCUGUGGCGUUAGUGUUAGGAGAGAGAGAGAGAGAGAGAGAGAGAUAGGCAGAUAGGCUGUGUGUGUGUGUGUGUGUGUGUGUGUGUGUGUGUGUGUGUGUGUGUCACUUCCCCCGUCACGUGUCAGGAAGUCACGUGCGUGGACUUAAGAAGCUACAGAAAGUAAACAAACGAAUCUCUUAUGUAAAAAUCUUACGUAAAAGUAAAAUAGGUACUUAAGAUAAACGAUGCUUAUAUGUCCUUUUCUUUUCUUUUUCUUUUUUUCGAAACCCUGAAACAUUUAUAUUCAAUCAUCCCUUAUUACCUAAUCGCGGGUUGGUGUCCUUCCUUCACCAUCGUCGUCAUCAUCAUCAUCAUUAUCAAUUUGCAAUA